AUGUCGAACCCCAUGAAAGCAGCAGCACCAUAUCCAUUCAUCCGUCCCACUGCGGGGGCAGCACCAUAUCCUUUCAUCCAUCCCACUGUGGCGGCAGCACCCUAUCCAUUCAUCCGUCCCACUGCGGGGGCAGCACCAUAUCCAUUCAUCCGUCCCACUGCAGGCUCAGCACCAUAUCCAUUCAUCCGUCCCCACUGCGGGGGCAGCACCAUAUCCUUUCAUCCAUCCCACUGUGGGGGCAGCACCCUAUCCAUUCAUCCGUCCCACUGCGGGGGCAGCACCAUAUCCAUUCAUCCGUCCCACUGCGGGGGCAGCACCAUAUCCAUUCAUCCGUCCCACUGCGGGGGCAGCACCAUAUCCAUUCAUCCAUCCCACUGCAAGUGCAGCACCAUAUCCAUUCAUCCCUCCCACUGCAAGUGCAGCACCCUAUCCAUUCAUCCGUCCCACUGCGGGGGCAGCACCAUAUCCAUUCAUCCGUCCCACUGUGGGGGCAGCACCAUAUCCAUUCAUCCGUCCCACUGCGGGGGCAGCACCAUAUCCAUUCAUCCGUCCCACUGCAGGCUCAGCACCAUAUCCAUUCAUCCAUCCCACUGCGGGGGCAGCACCGUAUCCAUUCAUCCAUCCCACUGCGGGGGCAGCACCAUAUCCAUUCAUCUGUCCCACUGCAGGCUCAGCACCAUAUCCAUUCAUCCAUCCCACUGCGGGGGCAGCACCGUAUCCUUUCAUCCAUCCCACUGUGGCGGCAGCACCCUAUCCAUUCAUCCGUCCCACUGCGGGGGCAGCACCAUAUCCAUUCAUCCGUCCCACUGCGGGGGCAGCACCAUAUCCAUUCAUCCAUCCCACUGCAAGUGCAGCACCAUAUCCAUUCAUCCCUCCCACUGCAAGUGCAGCACCCUAUCCAUUCAUCUGUCCCACUGCGGGGGCAGCACCAUAUCCAUUCAUCCUAUGGGCCCAGUACCCGCCUCAGGCUAUGUCUGCCCCAAGUGGACCAGCCGGCUCCAAGUGGAGAGAAGUCCCAAGGACCCCACAGCAGAGGUGCCUAGGCUGCAGCCCGAGGCGCACCUGGCUGGCCCAGUCCUCCCAGCAGCACCUGGAGGCUCCCUGAGCUUGUUCACAGCAGCAACUGUGUUCAGGGUGGCUCUGCACUGGCAGGCCCUAGAUGCCCUUCCCACAGGGGUGGCAGGGAACCUGCUGUUCCGGACGGGCCCUGCGCUGUGGACAGGCGCUGAUGCUCCGAUUUCCGCGGUUGCCCUGGCCCCAUUGUUUGAGGGCCCCGAGCCUGGCCCACCUGCCCACACCCAAAAGGCGGCCUUCAGGAAGGUGGAGCACAGCAGUGGUGCCCAGUUUGGAGCAAAGCUCAGGCUUGGAGCCUGCAGAAGGAGCUCUUAG